AUGGAUCAACUUGCCCAGGCAGACUCUGGAAUGUGUGUUUUCCUGAAGCUGUCGGGCCUGGCCCAGAUCCACGGAAUCAUCUGGCUGGAGGCAGGUGCCUUGUUUAUUCCUGAGCUGUUUGGAUGGCACAUGGGUGCUACUGGCAAGCGCCAGGGACAUCACUCCCUCCUCUGCCAAAGAGCAGGCAGCUUCUUUGAGCCAUCUUGGCGGGGAAGGGGGCUCCAAGCAAGCCACUGGUUGGUCUCUGCUCCAGUGUGUCCGCCUUUUUUCUGGCAAGUUCAUCUUCGGUGGCCAUAUGGCCAUUAUGAGACUACACACAUUGUUUGGCUCCAAGGGACCAAACGCAGAAAGCCACGGACAACCCCACCAGGACAAAUUAAAUGUGGCAAAGAGGUCUUGGAAGCCACGGGCAUUUUUGAACUUCAGAUUCGCUUUCUCCGCAAUGAGAAGGGGGUGCUGGCCGAUGGCCGAUGCUGCCGUGGAGGCCUGGAGCCGCCGUGCCCCGUGGCCGAACAGUGCCACACCUUCUUCCGGGCCUGCCUCAAGGAAUACCAGCUGCGGGCACACCCAGGGGGGCCCUGUGUGCUGGGCGCUGCCACCACCCCCGUUUUGGGGGGCAACAUCUUCUUGGCCCAUCCCCAGAAGCUCUUGGACCGUGCCAGUACUAUGGUGGUUCCUUUUGACUUUGCCUGGCCGCGCUCCUACUCACUGGUCCUGGAGGCCUGGGAUGCUGCCAAUGCCAGUGAUGUCGCUAACCCAGCCUCAGGGCAGCUAAUCGAGCGGGUGACGCGUUCGGGCAUGGUGAACCCAGGCGAAGGCUGGCAAGAUUUAUGGCAUCAUGGGCGCAGCACCUCGCUGGAUUACCGGCUGCGGGUGCGCUGCCAGGAGCACUACUACGGGCCUUCGUGCAACCUGCUCUGCCGGCCCCGCAACGAUUUCUUUGGGCACCACAGCUGCGACACGGCCGGGAACAAGGUCUGUCUCGACGGCUGGAUGGGAAACAAGUGCCAGCGGGCUGUUUGCCGCCAGGGGUGCCACAGAACCCACGGGUUUUGCGAGGAACCUGGCGAGUGCAGGUGCCAUUACGGCUGGACAGGUCCCCUCUGCGACAGAUGCCUUCUCUUCCCUGGCUGCGUCCACGGGAGCUGCACCAUGCCCUGGAAGUGCGACUGCGAAACCAACUGGGGCGGCCUGCUGUGCGACAAGGACCUGAAUUAUUGUGGAUCGCACCAUCCGUGCCAGAAUGGCGGCACUUGUGCCAACAAGGAACCCAAUGAGUAUGAAUGUCUCUGUCCGGAAGGGUUCGGUGGGCGCAACUGUGAGAAUGGUGAGCAGAGAUGGCCAGCCUAGGAUAAAAAGAUGCAGGAU